AUGCAGUUACGCUCUUUCUGGAGGAUUUUGGAAACGGUGAGUAUGAGGGAAUUAAAGACGUUGACUCAAUUUAAACUACGCCGUUUCGGAAUGGCAGCCAGGAAUUCAAAUCAGACUUGUGAUCCAAAAUCGGGACGACAUAAAAGCAUUGUAAAAGGAUGA